GUGUUCCAGCCCGGGCUCCUGGACAAGGAGCUCGCGUGCUUCCCCAAGGCGCAGCGCGGUCAGAGCUUCGCUUUCUUCGAUGUCGAGGGUAUGGUCCGACGCUCGCGCCUGCUCUCGAACUCCAGUGUCUGCCGCUCCCCGUCGAUGAGCACUUGCAUCCCGGAGAGCUCCGAGGACGAGAUGUCGCCCGCGCCCCCCGACGCGCCCACGGCGAGCAGCACGCCUGCGACGGGGAGCGCGCCGGGCUCUGGCGACCUGGGCGAGGGGAGACCUGCGCUGGCGCAGGCGAAGCACGCCUCGACCAGCGAGUUGGACCUGCCGCGGCUGGGGAACUGGGGUGGCGGUCUGGCCCGGCGCCAGAGCAAAGGCGACAACUUGGGCCUCCUCGCUCUGGAG